GUGGGAUUCGAACCUGCAACCUUUGGGUCAGAAGUAGCUCUAACCAGUAUGCUACCGGCUGCCCGUACGUAUUAGUACCUGCUGCUUGUCCGGUGCUGGGUCCUGGAGGUCCAGAGUCUAUCCGGGAAGAAGCAGGAUCGAGGCAGGGUGCAUCUUCUCCGAUGUGUACAUGGAGGCUAUGCCGUUAGGGCACUGUGUUACAUACCUAACGAAUGUCUGAUCCCCACACCAUGUGUAGUACCCUGAAGGCACUUACCCCAAAUUGCCCACCCAGCUGUGCAACGUGUAGGUAAUGUUGUGAGUUGCUUGGAGAAAGGUCUCAGCUAAAUCAAGUAAUAAUAGUACUGAGUGUGCUGUUUCUGUUGCGAUGCUAGAUUUACCGCAAGCAAUUGUUGCGACUGUGUCGGAUUGUCAGUGUGAUGGAAUUUGGUUUUGUUUUCAGCGUGUUACUAAUACGCUUGAAUUAGUCAGGUUGACACCACUGAUGCAACAACACCAAUACUUCUGUCACUAAACACCUGAGAACAUGGGUCGCCGCAAAUCGAAGAGAAAGCCACCUCCAAAGAAGAAGCUGACGGGCAACCUGGACACACAGUUCACGUGCCCCUUCUGCAACCACGAGAAAUCCUGCGAUGUGAAAAUGGAACGCAGCAGGAACACGGGCAUCAUCUCCUGCACGGUAUGUCUAGAGGAGUUCCAGACUCCCAUCACCUAUCUUUCAGAACCAGUAGAUGUCUAUAGUGACUGGAUAGAUGCUUGUGAAGCAGCGAAUCAGUAGCGACUCCUACAACAGGGCUGUUAGACUCACAGUCCAGACGGACUGGAUCCAGCUCUGCUUAAUCCACCAGUAGGUUAGAAACGGACUUCACUGGGUUCGGUUAAGGUGGUAAGAUGAUUCUAUCAAGUAGUUGUAGUCUGAUCAAAACAAAAAUCCUAUGGGAGUGGACCCUUUGAUUCUGUGAGUUGAAUAGUCCUGUUCUACUGCAAAGUAGGUCAUCAGAAGGAUAUGGUCUAUAAAAUUGAUGUUACUCAGUGUGGAGUGAUGUUCACACUGCAAACAAGAAAUGUGAAAAAAUGAUGGAUGUGAAAAGGUUUUUUGUGCAAAAAAAAAUUUCACACAGAAUUAAGACAUAGUUGCCAAAAUGUGGCAGUUUUCGGGAUAAGACCACAGUCCUUCAGCAUCCUCCUUUUGUCAUAGUAACUCUUCCUGGUUUGGACUUUGGAGACAAAUAAAGGUUUGGUUUAUCUUUAAUAAUUUGGCUGUCACAGUAGAAAUAAUUUUUAAUGAACUUCAACAUUUGAAUCUCCUGAUUUUUUUUUUUUUUUUUUUUCCUUGGAUGCUUCUCUAUAUAAAAGGUGCAUAUGUUUCACAUCUGAAAGUACGCCUAUGGUGAAGCUUAUCGUGUUCAGCCCUUUCCGCUGAAGCUUUUGUGUUCUACUUUCAAAGCUCACUAAGGAACCCAAACCACUUCGCAUUGCUUUUAAAAGGACAUCUUUUCCUACAAAUAUUCUUUCCAACCUUUUGUAAUAAAGCAAACUGUGUGGGGAGCAGAACUGAAGUGGUACAUGUCAUUUAAGAAAAGUGUCAAUUAUAAACUUUAUUUUGGGACUUAAACUUCUGCAAGGAAUUCAU